AAAGAAGCGUAAAAGAGAACAAUAAUUGUCGGCGAUCACUAGGUGGCAGCUUGAGCGUGUCGGCGAAACGUUUUUUAUCCUCAUUAAACAUUCGAUUGUUGAUGUGAUUUGUUCCGUUUUGCGUUGCAUUCUCUGAAAAGUUUCAUUAUUUUAGAAAAAAAUAUUGUUUUGCGUCUCAAUACUCGACAAUGACUUCGGUUGAAGAAGGCGAGACGCCACCGGAAGAGGUACCGGCGGGAAAUCCAGACGAGAUAACUAAAAACCCGACAGCUCUGAAAGAGGCCCAUGAACAAAUGGCAACUCUAGAUGUUUUGGUAUGUGGCCAGUGCCACUCAGCAUUCCAUUUUAUUGAGGAUUUUAAAGAACACAAGGAUGCAAACAAUUGUACUGGAAAAUCUCCAGUAAGAGAUAGUAAUGAAAGUAAAGCACAAGUGUGGGCUUUCCUCCUAUGGAAGUGUUCAUCUGUUCGUGAUGGCUCUACUGUAAAUACAGACAAUAGCUGGAAGUUAUAUCAGCAGUGGUGCCGCAUGGCUGAAGCCCAAAGGACUGCCUGGAUUACAGCCGGAUCUAAUGUUCAGGCCCUGUCCAAAUUUGCACAUGCUAAAGUUAUGGAAGUUAAGACAGAAGAUCAACUAGUUCCGGUUCAAACACCUGUACAGCAUGAAGUUAAGAGACGAGGCAGACCAAGGAAGAUACCUAAACCGGAGGAUUCUGAAACACAACCCUCAGGGGAAGAAAGUGACGAUAUUGUUAAAGCUAGCCCUGGACUGAAGAAUGUCCAAAAAGUACCAAUACCACAAAAUGUAAACAAAUCAAAGGAGCUGAAUGAGUCAGUGCGGAAUGCUCAAGAGCGAGUUCCCCCUGAAGAGCGGAUUGCGCGUCGUACUGAGCGCCAGGGUGAUCCUACUGAAGCUGGAGAAUAUGUUGUAGAAAAGAUUUUAGCUAAAAGAUUUAACCCACGCCGUAAGCAGUAUGAAUACCUGCUCAAAUGGGAGGGAUAUCCACAUGAGCAAAAUACUUGGGAACCAGUGGAAAAUAUGGAGACAUGUAAACAUUUAUUGGAAGCAUUUGAAAAGCAGCUGGCACGUCAGAAGGAACUGAAAGCUCUUAGAGCACAACAGCAACAACAACAGCAGCAGCACCCAGUGCAGGUGAAACAAAUCAGUACACCCUUACCCCAAGUUGUCAAGCAAGUGGUAAAGAAGUCUGAGAGUCCUGCUGUUACACCAUCUGGGCGUCUUCAGCGCACAAGCAAGGUUCGCGCUUUAGAUCAAGUUAAGGCAUGGUGUGGGGCAGAGGAUGGUGAACCUGCUGCUAAGAAAGUGAAAAAGGAAAUUUCCAGUGAAGAUGAGGACUACUCUGACCCUGACUCCACUAAAGCUGACAAGAAAAUGCUGAAUGGUCAAUCUUCGCCAACAAAGUCCACUCUGGACCCUGAGCUGGUGAAAUCACUUGGUCUCGCGGGAAAAGGCAUGCCGAACAUAAAGGGUGUCAUUAAAGUAGACCCUAAACAUAUGCCUAAUCUUACCACAGGUGUCUAUAUCAUGUCGAAGAGUUCAGGAAUUAUGAAGAUUGAUUCUCCUGGGAAAUUAGGACCGGGGCUAAAUAUAGAUCAGGAUGUGAUUCGGAAACAGAUAUUAGCAGCUAAACAGAAAAAGUUGGAAGAAGCCAAGAAAACGUCCCCUAUCCGCACACCAAUGUCAUCACAGAUAAAGAAAACUUAUGGUUCUGGAGGUCAGCAAGUAACAGAGAAGACUAUAAUUACUCCUUCCGGGCAAAAGAUCAUUCAACGCACUAUUCAAAGACCAGCAGGACAGGGUGUUGAUGGAAAGUCACCUGUCACCAUACUUAACAAAAAACUUGCACAGGGCGACAGUUUACUGCGGCGCGGCGGGUCAGGUCGGGGGCGUGGUCGCGGAGGGUAUUCCGUGGCUACGGCUGGCGGUAACAUAGUUCGCAUCCGAGACAAGGUUCCUGCAUUAGACUUUGAACAGUCGGAUGCAUCAUCUGACACGUCUGAUGGCAUCGAGGAUCCGUUCCCGCGGCACCUGGGCCCGCUGCCCCCUCCGAGCCCCGAGCGCGAACUGACGCUGUGCCCUCUGACGGGGCGGCGGCUGGCGCGUGCAGAGGGCGAGCCCACGCCGCCCCCGACUCCAUCGCCACCGCCAACGCCCCCACCCGCCCCCGAAGCGCUGGCUGGUACGAUGCUUAUGAAGGUCGAAAUGUCCCCUGGUGGCACUACUGGAAUGCUGGUACAAGGAGAUGGUGCUCAACCCUCACUUCCUGUACUCACUGAUGAAGAUGGUACGGAAGUAAAAGUUGAAGCCAGUGCUGUUAAACAAUUAUUAGAAGGGGGAGUCGGAGUUGAUGAUGGUGAAGAGGUUGGAUUACUACACUCUGGGCACACACCUAUUAUGAUUAGAGGCGAAGAUGGAGUCCUUUAUCAGGUCGCAGGUGAAAACGAAGCAGGUCAAACGUUACUUGUGGCGGCAGAGGGAGUCGAAGGUGCCGUAGAAGGUGUGGAAGGCGCCGUCGAAGGUGACGGUGACGUCAUGUACGUCACGAGAGAGGAUGGACAGGUGUUGGCGAUCGAUCCCUCUCAGCUGGCACAGUUAAUGCCCGGAGGCGAGGCUGCGCCCGCGCUGCAGCAGGUGGCCGUGCAAGUCGAGGGAGAGCCCGGUGAGGAUGCUACGCAGGUCAUCGCGCAACUACUACAGGCUGACCUACCAUCACCCGGUGGAACACGAAGAGUUGUACUUAUGUUGCCUGAUGGCAGUUUGACAAUGACUGAACUUGACAAGGAACAGUAUGAAUCAAUAACGGAAGCCAGUAAAGCACAGGAAUAAAAUGUUUUGACCAAUUCAAAAUGUGAUGAACCACAAUUCUAUUAGAGUUAAUCAAAUAUGGAUAAAUAUUUGUUCUCUAAGCCCCAAGCUAAGAUUUAGUGUGACAAAAUAGUUUCGAAUUCUUAUUUUCAUUACUUUUGUAGACACAUAAUUGAAUUUUUAAUUUAUAAUAAUUAUGUCUGAAUGUGAAGUGUAUAUACACUCAGAUUGUUUACAUCAUGAAGUAUUUUGUACAAACUUGCAUUACAAUUGUGGUUUGUAUUUCUGAUUUUAUGCUGUCAAUUUGCAGUUAAGUAAAAUGGUUGACAGAAAUAAUAGUAACCGAAUAUCAAUACAUGCACCUAGAUAUAAUAGCAGAUUACAUUGACAAGCAGUUAAUUGGGAAAGCAUUGGUGGACGUAACAAUUGCUUGAUGAAUUUUUCUGUUAAAUAUAUAUCAGCAAAUACAAGACUGACUGCCACUAAGCUGUAAAUAAAAGUUAUUACAGUAUGUGUCCUUCAGGAGUUGCAAGGAGUUGGGUAUUCUCAACUUUGACUAAGACUCAAUUUACAUUGCCACAAAAUGGAAUCAGAGCGAUUUAUUUAAUAUUGAAAUUACGCAAGCUAUAUCAGCCACGACAAUUAUCGAGUGUUUAGAUUUUGGCUAAAAUGUUUAUUGUGUGCGGCCUUGUUUUUACAAUAUUUACAUAAAAUGUUAUGUACAAUUUCUUUUUAUAUUGAUUUGAUUCUAUUUUGCUGCAUUGUUCAAUGAGACUAAGAGCGAGUGAAGUUAAUGAUACAAUAAAUAAAUAUUGUUAUGAUAGUAGUUUGUAUAAUAGAUUACAUUAGUUUUUUUUUCUACCUUUUAAUAGGGAUUAUGACCAAGAUUCUUCUUUUCAUAAAAAAGACAAAAAGUUAGGCUUUUUCAUCUAAAUACACAGUUGCAUUUUAUUAGUUUGACUAAACCAAAACAUGUAUGUGUAAACUAAUGGUUUAAAAACCAUCACCUCUCCCAUUAGCAACAACAUGUUUUAUAAAAUAAGUGUAUUAUAUUCUUCUUUUUUAUCAUGAACUCUGAUUUACAUAAUAGUUUUUAGUAUUGUAUUAUAGUAUCAUUAGUAGAUUCAAGCCACAUGAUUCAUCUUCAAUUAAAAUAAAUUUAUAUUUAACUGUACUUUCUUUUGAGCUUUCUCGAAAGAAGCUACUUUGAUUGUCAAAAAUAGCUCUAAUCCUCAGUGGUUACCCUCUAGAGUGUGCUUUUUAUCAUAUUCUUAAUAAACUUAUUUCUUUGACUGUAAAACGCUUAAAUGAUGUAGGGCUAUGAACUUCGUAGCGGCUAGCAAUACAUAACAGAGAACAUAACAUCUGCACAUAUAAUAAUAUGUUUAUUACUCUGCAAAGUAAAGAUAUUCAUUCCUGCUGUAUACAGUGCAGUAAGUUGCAAAUUUUGUAUCAAUCUUCUGCAUACAAAAAUCUUAGUGUGUAACUUGAUAAAAACUUCUGAAACUAACUUUAAACUUCUAAAUUUGUACAUUACAAAUUGUAAAUAAAAACCCAUAGGGAAUUCAGUAUUGCUUACUCGGAAACAUUUAUAGAUACGAUCUUUAAAUAAGCAGCAUCACGCAAGAAAUGUGGUAAAAUUUUCUUUAUUUUAGAUUUGUAAUAUAGUAAAUACAAUUAUUACAAUAAAAUUAGGAUUAUAUGAA